AGACGUAAAUAAUUGAAUUGAAUACAAAAAAAAAUAAAAGGAAAGAAAUUUGCAUAAAUUAAAAAUUAAGAGCAAAGCAACAUAUUCUAUAGUUUAAUUAUUAAACUGCAAUAUAUUUGGAAUUGUUCGUCGUUUGUGGAUUAUAAAUUUUGAUUUGUAUGCCUCAAGAUGGCUUGUGGCAUAUCUUGCGUGGAUAAAAUUUUAAAUAAAACAUUUUACCAUCUGGGCAUAUUUAUAGCGAAAUAUCCAGGAUAUUUUAUAAUUGUUCCUAUAUUGCUAUCAAUGUUAUGCAUGACCGGAUACCAACAAUUAAAGUAUCAAAUCGAUCCGGAAUAUUUAUUUUCACCUGUCAAUGGCGAGGGUAAAGCUGAACGUGCGAUAGUCGAACAGUAUUUCAAAAUCAACUAUACUCAUCGCUUUAAUGUGGGACGAAUAACACGACCUGGUCGUUUUGGGCGCGUCAUAGUAACUUCAAAGGAUGGGAACGAAAACAUGAUCAGACGGGAGAUUUUUCAAGAAUUACGUCGCCUAGAUGAUAUCAUACAAAACGCCACUGUACUCUAUGAUGGUGAACGGUUUACUUAUAAGGAUGCCUGCGCUCGUUGGGAGAACGAAUGUUUUGAAAAUGAUAUUUUAAAUCUGGAUUAUAUAAUGGAUGAUAUAGAAUCUGGUGAAUUGAAUUUAACAUUUCCUCUGAUGUUCAAUCCAGUGACAUGGGAUGCUCACGCUUUUCCCGUCUUCUUCGGCGGAACUAAACUCAACGAAGACAAUACGAUAUUAAGUGUACCAGCCAUACAACUAGUUUACUUUGUUACAGCCGACACGAAAAGGCAAGACGAAAGAGGUGCCGAAUGGGAAGAAACAUUUUUGAACGCAAUGGGUCUGGCGGAACAGACGGGAAUAUUUAAACAUAUCUCAGUGGCAUAUUUUGCUUCACGGACAUUAGAUCACGAAUUGGAAAAGAACACAAAAACCGUGGUGCCAUAUUUUAGCUCCACUUUCAUCUUGAUGGCCUUAUUUAGUGUGGUCACUUGUAUGAUGGGUGAUCCGGUAAAGUCGAAACCUUGGUUGGGUUUAUUUGGAAACGUGUCAGCAGUUAUGGCUACAUGUGCUGCCUUUGGUUUAGCAAUGUAUUUGGGUAUUGAGUUUAUUGGAAUAAAUCUGGCGGCUCCUUUUUUAAUGAUAGGUAUUGGAAUCGAUGAUACGUUUGUUAUGUUAGCUGCCUGGCGACGCACUUCUCCAAAGAUGUCGGUUCACGAACGCAUGGGUCAGAUGAUGUCUGAGGCUGCAGUGUCCAUUACCAUCACUUCUCUAACGGAUAUGAUAUCUUUCUGGAUUGGUGUCAUCAGUCCAUUCCGUUCAGUGCAAAUUUUUUGCAAAUAUUCAGUGUUUGCAGUUUGUUUCACUUUUCUCUGGCAUAUAACAUUUUUUGCUGCCUGCAUGGCUAUAUCCGGAUAUAGAGAGUAUCAAAAUCGUCACGCUCUCUUUGGUUGCAAAGUUCAGUCAUUGUCGGUAGCUAUUAAAGAAAAGCGUAACUAUUUCUAUAAGAAAUUUAUCGCGGGCGGAAUUAACCGUGAGGAUCCUGAUAAUCCAGUAGAUAACAAGGAUCAUGUGCUAAUGGCUUUUUUCAGAGACAACCUGGCCGCGAUAAUUAACAAUAAAUGGUGUAAAUUUGUUAUAAUCGUAGUCUUUGCUGCUUACCUCGUUGGCGCCUGUUUUGGUAUCACCCAAAUCAAAGAGGGUUUGGAGAGAAGGAAACUUUCUCGUUCAGAUUCGUACUCCGUGGAGUUCUUCGAUCGUGAAGAUGACUUCUAUCGCGAGUUCCCUUACCGAAUGCAGGUUAUAAUAACCGGACCUAUAAACUAUUCCGAUCCUGAAGUACAAGGACAAAUUGAAGAGUUAACAAGAAAUUUGGAGAACACGUCUUACGUUACUUCGUCCUUAUAUACUGAAUCGUGGAUACGUUCUUUUUUAUCUUUUGUAGAUAGAAACAACGAUUAUUUGAAUAUAACUCUUAACAGCGAACAAGAAUUUAUCAAUGCCGUCAAGGAGUAUUGGCUGUUUCCUGGUAAUCCUUUCUCAUUGGAUGUAAAGUUCAGUGAGAAUGAAACUCAGAUUGUAGCUUCGCGAUUUCUUAUCCAAGCCGUCAACAUUACAGACACGAAUCAUGAAAAGGAAAUGGUGCGUGACUUACGGCGAAUUUGUAAAAACUCUCCGUUAAAUGCUACCAUAUUUCAUCCAUAUUUUGUCUUUUUCGAUCAAUUUGAAUUGGUGCGUCCUACCUCGCUCCAAGCUAUGGUCAUCGGCGCUGCGAUAAUGAUGAUUAUUUCAUUUAUAUUCAUACCGAAUAUAUUGUGUUCUUUGUGGGUUGCUUUCUCGGUGAUAUCGAUUGAAUUGGGUGUAGCCGGUUAUAUGGCUUUAUGGGAUGUUAACUUGGAUUCAAUAUCCAUGAUAAAUUUAAUUAUGUGCAUUGGAUUUUCCGUGGAUUUCACUGCUCACAUUUGCUAUACAUAUAUGUCAUCGAAUAAAAAAAGUCCCCGGGCGCGGGUACGGGAAUCAUUGCAUUCCUUAGGUUUACCAAUUGUUCAAGGAUCCAGUUCAACUAUUUUAGGCAUUAUUGCUUUACUAUUGGCCCGAAGCUACAUCUUUCUCGUCUUUUUCAAAAUGGUGUUUUUGGUUAUUCUAUUCGGAGCCUUACAUGGCUUAUUUUUGUUACCGGUGCUUUUAUCCUUAUUCGGCCCUGGUUCUUGGCAAACUUGGACCGGUCGCGAUUGCAAGGCCAACGAAGAAGAAUUAACCAGUAUAGAGCAAAAAUUGAAGGCAGAGAAAGAUUUUAAUAACUCGUACUUUAUGCGGUAUACAUCGGCCUCAGGCAUAAAUGUUCCGUAUGACUCGAAGAAUUUUCUCGGCACUCCGUACAAACUUUAUGGAGAUGAAAAGGAUUUAGGUAUUGGUACUUCUGGGGAGGACUCUUCCGAAAGUAGUUCGUCACGUUCUCAACGUCGCCAAACCACAGAAGACGAACAUACCCAACGACGGUAUGAAGAAGGUUGGCGUCGAAGCUCUUAUCAAGAUUUGUACGAUAACAAUUCACAAACUCAACUGCAGUCCCAUUUAUCCCUUUACAAUCAGAAAGUAUCAGCUCAAGAAUGGCGUGCGCGUCUAGAAAAUGAACAUAAACAACGCAAAAAGCAGCAACAACAGCGAGAACUUUACGCUUAUGACAAUUACGGAGCUGAAUUGCAGAGGACGCACCAACAUCAUCACUCAAUUCAAGGCAGUUGCCUGAAGGACCACGUUAAACACAACUCAUCGUUAGAUGAACGCGGUCGGCGAAAACGUCGUUCCUUUCUGAGGACAGGUGUUGAUAGCGGCGAUGAGGGUAGUUAUGAACGUACCGUCAGCCCGUUAGCGUCACCUUCGACAAAAUGUUUUCAACGCAGACGUUCCUCAGAAGAUUCGACCAAACAAUCUACCCUUUGUUGGACAGUAGCCGAUAAAGAGGUGGGCGAAGAAGAAGUAGAAACUCAAUGUGCCAAUUGCCUAUCACCGCCAACCCCACCGACGGCUACAUUGUUUAGCAGCGAAGACGAUAAUUAUGCUCCAACAUAUAAUACCUAUUGUCGUCCCAUGCCGGCUAGACGUUCGUCGUCACAUCACAAUCUUUACUAUCAAAGAGAUCAUCAUGCACUACCAUCAACCUACCAAUAUGGUGAAAAUUUCUGUCAUCACUAACGCUAAAUCUCACAAAUAUGUUUAAACAAUAAUGAAAUUUUUAUAAAUUUUAUUUUUAAGUUAUUAGCGGGAAGUGCACAGUAGCGAAAGUGUAGAACGCCUAGAAUACAUUACCACGUUGUCUUUUCAAUAUUAAACGAAAUUUUUUUUUCAAAUACGUAGCUAAGUCAAUGUCCUAAUAUGAAGAGAAGGAUAGGAGACAUUUUCUAAACAUAUAAAGUCGAAAUAGUGCCUUAUAAAUCGCUCUUUAAAGCAAUUUCACUAAAAUGCUCCCUUUUUAUAUUAUAGAGAAUAUUUUUGUGAACAAUAGUGUACGUAUCAUUAGUCAAAAGUAUUUUAUGUAUAUAUAUAACGAUUGAAUUUCAUUACAUAAUUAAAUAGUCACUAUUUUAUCUAUCUCAUGACGUAUAUCUACGCGUACAUUGAAGUAACGAUAUGUUUUCCAGCGCAUGGAAUGCUUCGAAUAUCUGAACGGAAGGAACGUCAAGUCUCUUAUUCUCUAUUAGGUAAUUUUUUCACAUUUUCAUCGGUAUCAAGCAAAGUUCCAAGUUUUUGCAAGAAUUAAAAGACAUGACAAGAUAGAUUCUUAAUAGACUUACUCAUUAGCAUUAAAUUUUUUUUUGUUGG